AUGCCGGUAAAACGGAGGGGUAAGAAGGACACGCAGGUCAAGUCAAGGCCGCAGUCAAGGGUGGGGACAGAGGAACAUCACGAGCAGCCAUUGGGUGAAGGAGCUGCCUUCGAGGUUAUUGUUCUGGGCCCAAAAGGUGGACCCCGCGAGGACCGAGUGACUGGCUUGCUGGUACGAUCGACCUCGACGGGCUGGUCUCCGGACUCCGUUGUCGCUGUGGAUGCGGGAACCCUUCUUGCGGGGAUUGUUCGCUUGCUGAAGCGCGAUAUUCAAGGUGCCAAAAAUGGUGUUAUUCAGUCUGGACCGUUUGCGGGCCUUGAACUUCCCUUCAAGACCGCUGAGGCCAAUGGAGCGUAUGUAUUUCGAGACAUUAUUGAUGCAGUUCUCAUUACGCAUCCGCACCUUGAUCACAUCUCAGGCCUGGCAAUCAACACGCCGAUUGUGGAAGCGGGUAAUGGGCCGAAAUCAGUGGCUGCUCUCCCUUCCGUGAUUGCGGCCAUUAAAAACCACAUGUUCAAUGAUGUGAUCUGGCCGAACCUGUCGGAUGAAGAUGGUGGUGCAGGUCUGCUCACAUACAACCGGUUGGUAGAGGGUGGAAAUCCCAGAUUGGGCACAGGAGAUCUCAGGGGUUAUGUUCGGGCUUGUCGUGGCAUAUCAACCAAAUGUCUGUCCGUCAGUCAUGGACGAUGCAAACAGCGAUACCAUGCCGAGACUGCGAUGCAUCACAGGAUUAAUAGUACUGUGUUUACCUCGCAUACCGAUCAUUACAUGCCCUCUCGUGCAGUUUCCAUUGACCAAAAUGAUCAAAGCUUCUACUCUCCUUUGCACUCCCCGCGUCUCGGGGCUGCCAAUAAGGAACCUCCAAUGGCAACCGUUGAGAGCUCUGCGUUUUUCCUCCAUGACAACAAUAGCGGAAAAGAGAUAAUCAUCUUUGGCGACCUCGAGCCGGACUCGGUAGCCCUUGAGCCACAUAAUCGCCGUGUCUGGCAGACGGCUGCUCCGAAGGUUGUCUCCGGUACUCUCCGUGCUAUCUUCAUAGAAUGCUCCUACACCGACAGUGCCCAGGACGCCUACCUUUAUGGUCACCUGUGCCCAAGACACCUUAUUGCAGAGCUCAGAGUUCUCGCGAAGCUAGUGAUGGAGGUGCGUGAGGGUAGAGGUGAAUACGAUAUCUAUAAUCCACCAAUGCCCUUCUCAAAGCGCAAGCGGAAUAGCGCUCCUACCUCUGACCCUACCAAUUACGCCAUUCCGCAUGCGAUAAAGCGAACACGCAGCGCAGCUGGAAGAGCCGAAUGGGGAUCAUCGAGAACGUCUGACCCGAACUACUAUGAUAUUGAUCCGCUCGAAGGUGAUGAGGAAAUGCCCUUCAGUGCCGCUCCCACCUCAGUUCAAUGGGCUAAAGCAGAUCCUCUUCCGUUGGCGGGACUAUCUGUAUACAUUAUUCAUAUCAAAGAGACUCUCAAUGACGGGCCACCUCCUGAAAUUGAGAUUCUGCACCAGCUCCAGCAACAGGCUGCGAGUUCGCGUCUUGGUUGUCAAUUCUUCAUCCCGAACCCGGAGCAGGGUAUUUUUAUCUAG